UGACAAAUUCCGUUUGUUUACGAUGGAUCAGCUGAUUCCACGGGACCCACGCGUGUAUUUGAACCCGUCACAGUUACUUAGGUUUUUACAUGUAAUUUUAGUAUGACAGUAUAAUGAAGACUUAUCUUAAGACGUUGGUCACAUGAAAAGGUGGUGUCAUUUGCUGGAAACAGGAUGAUUGAACCAUACAGAAUUGCAGAGGAGAAUAAAGAGGCAUACACACAAUUAUGUCAAAAAUUUCUCCAAAGCAAAGGCCUGUUUCAGUGCCAACACAGAGAUUGGAUAUCAAAGGUCGACCUGGAAGAGAACGCCAAAGAAAGUGAUGAGAUGAGAGAUACAGAGGAAAGGGAGGAUAAGAAAGUAGACAAGAAAACAUUAACCCACACACCCAAAAAGCUAAAGAUUGAGAAGAAGCCAUCCUUUUCCUCGGAAGCUGAUCCUGACCUGAACGAAACAAUUAUAUCUGGCACGGUCGACUUCAAAUCUCUGCAGAAAAAGGUCGUGGCUAAUAUCAACACCUCGGCCAAACUGGACUUCAAUGCAUUGCAGUCCAUCGACCCGAAGACAGUGUGGGAAAGUGGCGUUCCGUCUCCUACCGAUGAGGUUCUGGUGCAAGUUUGUAAGAAGUGCGAGAAGCUGGGUGACGAUGUUGUUAAGACCGUGUGCACUCUCCUUAUAUUGCCUAAGCUGUAUCAACUAAAGAGCAAACUGGCGACAUCAACCUGCGACGCAAUGACAGACUUUAUGAGAUGGCAUCCAUCUACGACUGUGGCGCAAGCCCUCGUUCCUCUUUUGCAAUAUUGCCCCAACAUGCAGGAGCAACACAGGGAUGCCCUAGCUCAGUUAAUACAAGAGUGUUCGUCAUCUUUAGUUACGCAGUUGUUAAGUGCAGUAUCAACCAGAGAGAGCACUAGCGACAUCGACAUCCAAAUCUUCCAGCUGCUUUGUGAAAGGGCAAACCACCAAGCCCAGGCAACGCACAACGCCACCCUCACAUACCUGGCCAAGGCUUCUGAGACCCACAAGACCUCAAUAAAGUUUGGACACUGUCUGCUCUUUGUGGUCAAGAAGAUGGGGGCUGUUAUGCAAGAUCGGGAGGGCUUGCAUCACAUAGUGAACAACCACAGCUCAAGUUUGAAAAAAGCAAUUGAAGUUCAGCUUAAAAAGAUUGAUAGAAAUAGAUGAUGGGGAUAAUAAUUUAUUACUAAUAUCAAGUAUCAUUGUUAUGAUUUGUCUGGAUGUGUAUUUGGAAAAGUGAGAAUAAAACUUUGAAUAUCAAA